ACAAAAGCAAGGAGGAAACAGAAGAAGAGCGGAUGCACGACUGUUUUAUUUUUGAACAUGGAGCGAGAAAAGACUGAGAAAGACAUCUCAAAAACACACCAGACUGUGGAGGAGGACUGCUUCUCUCAGGCCAGCGCUCUGGUUACAGACUGGAUGUUGGAUUUUCUGUUCGUAACUCUUUGCCGGAACUUCAAAGAUGCGAAUCUGGAUGAAUUCAACAAAAAUCUGUUGUCUUUUCAAGCAAUUUCGGACGAUCUACCACAGAAUGAAAAAGUUUUGAUCUGUGCCUUCCUUUCCAGAAUCAUGCAUGGACAACAGCUGGAUGUGAUAUUUGAAGAAGACAACAAAGUGUCUCCACUGAUGUCUGCCGCAAAAAUCUGGAAUCACCUCAAAGAGACAGUGAAUGAUGAAAGUUUAGCAAGAAACUUGACAAUACUUUUGAUUGUUCAGGCUGUGGUGGUGUGCUUGGAGAAAGGAUCCAAUGCGUCUUAUGCCCUCCAAUGGUUUGAAAGGAAUAUAGACCUUCCAUCGACCCUGAGAGUCAAACUGGGAACAGUCGUGGCUCAAAAGGACAUUUACCACCCUUUUAUCCAGAGUUUCAGCUACAGCCGCCUUCUAGAGACCACCAAGACGUUUGUGGACGCAUUUCUGGAAAAGAAUCCCUCCGAUUACCUUCUUAAGGUGGCCACAAAGGCGGUGCAGUCUUCUGGGAGCAGAGACACAUUCAAAGACAAAGAAGUGAAGGACAACUUUCAAACCACUGUGAAGUCCAGCACAGCUAAUGUCAACAAAGAGAAUGAAGAUAAUACAUUAUUUGCUAGAUCAAAACGCAGACUUCUCGCAACUAGAAUUUGUGACAUAUGGACCCCAGAAGCAUGCAAAAAGCCCUCAGUUUGCCUUAAAAGACUGUCCAAGAUUGAGUUAUCCCAUCCACAUUGCAAUGUCAAGGAGACAGACGGCACAAACCUCAAAAAGCGAAAACCGCGCACAAAAUGGUCCUGGGAAGAAGACAAACAACUCAUUGCUGGUGUUAAACGUCACGGGUUGGGGCAGUGGGCUCACAUUCUGCAGGACUAUGACUUUGGGGACCGCACUGGUGUCAUGCUCAAAGACCGAUGGAGAACCCUAAGGAAGGCCAGUGUGGUUUAAACUGGCAGAGAUGGACUACAUUUGUAUAGUUUGUACAGGUUUACUGAAAAGUCAUUAUUGCCAGUUACUGUUUUUAUAAUAUAGCCUUCUUUUCUUUAUGCAUAUUUAUUUUUUUUACUGAGAUUACUUCAGUUCAAAACUUGGUGCACAUUUUGCCAUAUUUUAUAAUAAAAUUUAUUUGUAGAAUAAAAGUUCUGUGCAAAAUA